CCAAACCUUCUCUCGACCAUCUUUAAAAAUUUUUUGAUCGCAAAAUUGGCCAGAAAAUCGGCAGACUAGGAGUGCAAAAUUAUCGUAAAAAUGUGCAUGAACAUUGUGUAGUGUAAAAUCCGGUGAAAAACUGCCAGAAAGUUGUGAAUUAAAGUGCAAAAACGGAAACUAAAAAAUUGACUUUUUAUACAUAAAAAAAAUUGUGUGUGUGCAUUACAUACAGCUCAGUCUCUAAUGUGUGUGAACCCCAAGCAAACAAGAUCUCAUUACAGUACUUGAAAAUUAUUUUCCGAAAAAAAAUUAAAAAUUUCCGUGAAAAAAGAGGAAUUCCGAGCAAUCCCCCGUGAAAAUCAUGUCGCAUUACACAAACGAGCCGAAAAGUUGGCGAAAAGUGACACAAAACACAAAUUAUGAGCGACAUCGUGCGUCAUCGUCAAAACAAUUUGGCAGCAGUAGCAAGAUAAAUUUCGCCUUACAGGACCACGGCUACGGCAUCUCGCCCACAAACACCUCCGGCACAUCCGGCAACGUCCUGCUAUCGACCUCCGCAUUGCCAGCAUGGGCCAACAAGUAUGCGGAAACCGGAGCAAUUUCAUCCAACAAUGGGACAGCUGCAUCAUCACAUGGGACUUGCAUCACAGAUUACUACAAAUCGGUGAAACGUCGUGCCAGCACCGGCUUAUCGGGUCCCGCUGCAAAAAUUUCGAAGCAGUCGUCCUCCUCGUCGUCGUCCGUGGUAAGUGAGUCGCCCGCUAGUGCCAGCGGCGGCAAGAAACGCUAUUCGGAGGGCACGCGAUACGACACGUCGCUCGGUUUGUUGACGAAAAAAUUCGUGGAUCUGCUGCAAGGGUCGCAGAACGGCGUCGUGGACCUAAAUGUCGCCUCGUCUACGCUAAAAGUGCAGAAACGCCGCAUCUACGACAUCACAAAUGUGCUCGAGGGCAUCGGGAUUCUCGAGAAAAAGUCCAAAAAUAACAUUCAGUGGAAGUGCGGUGGCUCUGUGGGGAAUGCCGAUAAGACGAAGAAAAUCCAGCAUGAACGCGACGCGUUGGAGUACAAGGAAAACAUGCUGGACAAACUCAUGAUGGACCUGCGGCAAUCGUUGAAUCAGCAAUUCGAGACAACGAAACACGCCUACGUCACGUGCCAGGACUUGAAUGCCAUCGACUCGUUCAAAGACCAGAUAAUUGUGGUGGUGAAGGCACCGGAAAAAGCCACACUCGUACUGCCCGACACGAAAAAUCCGCGCGAAAUUUACCUCAAAUCCGACAACGGCGAGAUCAAUGUGUUCCUUUGUCCGGAACAAACGGAAAAUUCGGCAGCGACGACACCCAUUAAGGAUCCGCUGCUCGAGGACAUUGACACCUUCGUGACACCCAUCUAUGAAAAGUACUUGAGUCCACGUGUCACAAAUGCGCAAAAUUUCAAUCGGCCCAUGGGAUCGGCACAACGGAAUUUGGCGAAGGCGCUCGCGGAACCGAUUGCUGCCGCAUCCGGCGAAAAUAUCCUGACCUCGAAUGAGAUGGAUUUGCUCGGAGCCGGUCAAACGCAGAUUAAACAGGAGUUUGUCGAGUAUCCGAGUGGCUCGGUAGUUGCGGAGGUGGAUGCGAACAAGGAUAGCGAUGUGGAUGUCAAGCCCGUCAUUACGGCAUUCAUGAAACGAAAUAACAGUGGAAAUAAUUUGGAAAGUACUAACAGCAAAAAUGUCCUCAUCUCCGACAUGGGAGACUUUAGUCCGUUGCAUAUGCCGCAAUUCGAUGCCAACGACGAUCUGUCACGAUUUUUGGCCAUCGAACCACCAUUGGAGACUGAUUACAACUUUGCAUUGGGCAAUUCGGAGGGGCUGUAUGAUUUGUACGAUUUUGAUUUCUAGAUUUAAGUUCAAAAAUAACGUAUAAGAGUUACAAUAAUAUACAGUUUGUGUAUAAAUAUUAAGAGAAACAAUGCAAAUGGUGGCGAAUAGCAUGUAAAAAGGAUACUUAGACAGUAUCAAUUUUUUUCUAAAACUUUAAAAGAUACAAAAAAAAAACACACAAAAAGUUACAUAAAUUAGUACCUGCUAUAAUCCUGUGACCUCAACACUUUAUCAUAAAUCAUGACCACCACAAAGAUUAAAACGAAUGAUAAGAAACAAUUAAGGAAGGCUUGGUCCCUCCGUACUUAUCAUCAUUUACUUCAUCAACAGGUAACAAACACCUCUAUUGCAUUACCCACUUAUACAUAAAAAAAAAACAUAAUUUUAAUAUGAACUAGUUUAAAAUCUUAACAAAGAUCAGUAAUAGGAAUAAAAUUAUUCAUAAUGUUUUCGAGCGAUUUUUUUGCUCAGGAAUCCCCAUUCUUCAUUUUUUAUAAUUUUAAACAAAUAGAAAGAACUUUUUGUACAUUAUCCCCUUUUACAGAAACUACAAACAAAAAAAAAUGCUAACAAACGUCCUUGAGUACUGAACAAAAUUUUCUAUUUUUUUGAAUUUCUAUUUUUCCAAAUUAUAUAUUUUUUUUAGUUAUUAUUAUUUAUUGAUAAGAUCGAUUUUUAGAUAAUUAGUGAAUAAGAAAGGAUUGAAUAAAAUAAAAUGAAUAAAAAAAAACAAAAAGUUGAA